AUGGAUGAUGCUGCUCGUCUUACAAUCAGUCCUGAAAGCGAGAAUGGAAAAACUGAGCUUCAAAAGAGUUAUUUUGAUGUAUUAGGUAUAUGUUGCUCCUCUGAAGUGCCACUGAUUCAGAGUAUUAUGAAGUCUCUGGAUGGAGUUCAAGAUGUUCAAGUCAUUGUGCCCACCAAAACUGUCAUUGUUCUCCAUGAUCCACUGGUUAUUUCUCAAUUGCAGAUUGUUGGAGCGUUGAAUAAGGCAAAGUUGGAAGCAAGUGUGAGAGAAGAGAGGGGAAGAAGCACAAAGAAAAGAUGGCCUAAUCCUUUUACAAUUGCUUCUGGUGUAUUGCUUUCGAUUUCGUUUCUCAAAUAUGUCUACCAUCCACUUCAAUGGCUUGCUCUUGGAGCUGUUGCUCUUGUUAUUUAUCCCAUUGCUUUGAGAGCGUUCACCGCUGUUCGCCACCUCACGUUUGGGAACAUCCACAUUCUAGUUCUAAUAACAGUUGUGGGAUCAAUUGCCCUCAAAGAUUACUUGGAAGCUGGUGCUAUUGUCUUCUUAUUUACUAUAGCUGAAUGGUUAGAAUCACUAGCAAGCGAAAAGGCAAAUGCUGCUAUGUCAUCAUUGGUCAACUUACUGCCGCAGAAAGCUGUUUUAGCCGAAACUGGCGAAGAGGUUGAUGUAAGCCAACUUGACAUAAAUACUGUGAUUUCUGUCAAGGAAGGUCAGAUAGUUCCUGUUGAUGGAGUUGUCGUUGAAGGUAACUGUGAAGUAGAUGAGAAAAGUUUGUCCGGGGAAUCAUUUCCGGUUUCCAAACAAAAUGGCUCCAUGGUUUGGGCUGGAACCAUAAAUGUAAAUGGGUACAUCACUAUGAGAACUACAACUCUGGCAGAAGAUUGUGUGCUUGCUAGGAUGACAAAGCUUGUAGAAGAAGCACAUGGGAAAAAAUCUCAGAUCCAAAGAUACAUAGACAAGUGCUCCAAGUAUUAUACACCAGCAAUUAUACUGAUAUCGGCUUUGUUGGCAAUAAUUCCUGCUGCACUAAAACGUCACAAUCAGAAAGAAUGGUUCCACAUAGCUUUAGUUCUUCUAGUGAGCGCUUGCCCAUGUGCGCUGAUCCUAUCUACUCCCAUUGCCAUGUUCUGUGCACUUACAAAGGCAGCCAAGCAUGGUGUUUUUUUCAAAGGGGCCGAUUGUCUUGAAACCCUUGCUAAAGUGAAAAUCAUGGCUUUUGACAAAACUGGAACAGUGACCAGAGCAGAAUUCGAGGUUAUCGAGUUCAGAUCGUUGUUGGAUGAAAUCAGCUUGAACACCUUGCUGUACUGGGUUUCUAGUAUUCAGAGCAAGUCAAGUCAUCCCAUUGCUGCUGCAUUGGUUGAAUUUGCACAAUCAAAAUCAGUUCAGCCAAAACCUGAUGAAGUCAAGAACUAUCAGAAUUUUCCUGGUGAAGGGAUUUAUGGUAGAAUUAGUGACAGAGAAAUUCACAUCGGAAACUGGAAGAUCUCUGCCAGAGCAGGAUGCAACUCAGCUCCAAAACUUGAAGGAGAUAUAUAUGAAGGGAAGUCUGUUGGCUAUGUAUUCUCGGGGUCAACUCCUGUAGGAAUAUUCUGUCUCGCUGAUAAUUGUCGAAUCGGAGCAAAGGAAGCAUUAAAGGAGUUACAAUCAAUGGGCAUCAAAACCGCUAUGCUUACAGGAGAUUGCUCUGCAGCAGCUAAACACGCAGAGGAUCAGCAGUUAGGAGGUGCUCUGGAGGUUGUCCAUGCAGAUCUCUUGCCGGAAGACAAGGCUACGUAUAUUAAAGAUUUCCAGAAGGUAUCCAGGACAGCCAUGAUUGGUGAUGGUAUCAAUGAUGCUCUUGCAUUAGCUACAGCUGAUAUUGGCAUCUCAAUGGGGAUUUCUGGAUCUGCACUAGCAACAGAAACUGGUGAUGUGAUUCUGAUGACAAAUGACAUUCAAAGGGUACCAAAAGUAGCACGCCUAGCAAGAAGAGUAAUAAGGAAAAUACUUGAAAAUAUGAUCGUUUCAGUUGCUGCCAAAGGUUCAGUGAUAGCUUUGGCUAUAGCAGGUCAUCCAGUUGUUUGGGCUGCAGUGUUAGCUGAUGUUGGUACAUGCUUGCUUGUGAUCUUAAACAGCAUGCUUCUUCUAAGAGAUAGGGAAAAAGGUCCAAUGGACUACUGCAAGUCUGCUGCUUUAUCACAUGCCCGAGAAGACAUGAAACGUUCAGGAAGUGACUCUAGGCAGAGUAAGAAGCCUUGCUGUGGUGAGAUAGGCUCGCAAGAUAGCCAUGAAGCGCUGAUAUGCUCCGUCAAAAAUAGUAAUCAGAUAGACCCUUCCUGUGCAUCGAGUUCAAACUCACUUGCUGAUUGUGAAAGAUUGUGCUCCAAUGAGAAGCAAAGUUGCUGCCAAAAUGGUAAAGAAAGUCGAAAUGUAAAUUGCUCAAAUUCGGCUGGAAUAGUCAGAUGUUGCAACUCAACCAAUAAUCCUGGGGAUAGUGCACCGCUUGCUGAUGAAUUUGGCGAUAACCAAGUAUUAGGCUCCAAUGGCAAGGAAAGAUGCUGUGGAAAUCAAUUCAGUGAUAAUCAAGUAUUAGACUCCAAUGAUAAGAAAGGCUGCUGCGGAAACCAAAAGCGAAGUCAACUGGCAAAAUGUUCCAAUUCGGCUGGAGUAGUCAAAUGCUGCAACUCAAUCAAAACGCCUGGGGAUGGUACAUCACUCGCCAGAGAAUUUGGCGAUAAUCAAGUACAAGACGCCAAUGGUAAGAAAAGCUGCUGCGGAAAUGGAAAGCAAAGCCAAACAGCAAAAUGUUCCAAUCUAGGAGAAGGCGAAUAUUCAAUCUCAAUCAAGAAUCACGCGAACUCUAUCAAUAUCCCGGGCGAUGAUGUAUCGCAUGCAAACAAAUGCGGAGAUAACCAAAGAUCAGGCAACCUUAACAGGCAGGCCUGCUGUGGAAGUGCAAAACAAAGCCAAAAGGAUAGGUGCUGCAAUUCUGAACAAUUCUGUGGCUCAAACUCAAUCAAAGGGACUGCUGCUAGCGCCACACUUGCCAAAGGAUUUCCUAACAAGAAUUCUGGACACAGUACAUUAAAUGUGAAUCGGCCAUGUUGUUCUAAAGGGAACCCUCAAAAGCUUGAAAAUGUGCAGAUAUGUUCUUCCAGAACUAUUGCUCCAGCAUGUCAUCAAUCAGUUGGAUCUUGUGACGACAUCGUAAGGGAAUGCUGCAGCAAAAAAGGACAUUGUGGUGUUAUCUCCAUUACUUUUAUUGUUCCGGUAAGAUCAGGGGAUUUGGAGGCGCUUUUAGCACUGAAAGCAUCUGUUGACCCAUUGAAUAAGCUCAGUUGGGGUGUUGGAAAUGGUAAUGGAAAUGUUUGUGAUUGGGAAGGUGUGAGGGAAUGUAAAAAUGGAAGGGUCACAAAGCUGGUGGUGGAGAGAUUUGGUCUGAUUGGGGAACUGGAUCAAAACAGUUUAAACCAAUUAGAUCAGCUUAGAGUUUUGAGUUUCAAAGAGAAUUCCAUUUCCGGUCAAAUCCCCUCCCUUUCCGGCUUAGUCAAUCUCAAAUCUCUAUACCUCAACGACAACAACUUUUCCGGCGACAUUCCCUCCACAAUAUCUCGCCUCCACCGCUUAAAAGUGGUGGUACUCGCCAACAACCACAUUUCCGGCCACAUUCCCGAUUCCCUCUUAAAACUUCCCAGGCUUUACGAGCUCUAUUUGCAAAACAAUUCGUUGACCGGCGAAAUCCCUCCGUUUCGACAAUCCGGUUUGAGGUUCUUCAAUGUGUCCAACAAUCAACUCUCGGGUUCGAUUCCGUCUACCCCUGUCUUGGCUCGUUUCAACGAGUCCUCAUUUUCCAACAAUGUCGAUUUAUGCGGCGACAAAAUUGAUAAACCCUGUAAAAAUCCCACCGAUUCCCUUGGCCCAUCGAUUAGCCCUUCAUACCCAAUACUUCCCGAAAAUCAAAACCACCACAAGAGGACCAAGAAGCUGAUAAUAAUACUUGUCCCCACCAUCGUCGGGGGCUUGAUUUUGGCGGCCGCGGCGGCAAUGGCUUUCGUUUUCUGCAUCAGGCGGAGUAGGGAUAGUACAAGAGAGUCCAGAACCACCAAGUCGGCGGAGGCGAGAAGAGGGGGAGGAUCGGAAGCGGGAGCCACAAGUGGGUCGGGCGGAGAAGGGAAAUCAGGCAGCGGCGGCGGGGGAUUUUCGUGGGAGGAAGGCGGAUCAAGAGCUGCUGGUGGUUCCAAACCCCUUCACUGGACAUCAUGCCUAAAGAUAGCAGAGGACUUGGCCACUGGAUUGCUAUACAUUCAUCAGAAUCCUGGCUUAGUGCAUGGGAAUUUGAAAUCAUCCAACGUGCUAUUAGGCUCCGAUUUUGAGUCUUGUCUCACUGAUUACAGCCUCACUUCAUUUAGGAACCCGGAUUCACUCGAAGAAUCCAGCGCGUCGUCUCUCUUUUAUAGGGCUCCAGAAUGCCGUGACACUCGGAGGCCGCCCACUCAACAAGCUGAUGUGUACAGCUUUGGUGUUCUUCUUCUGGAGCUCUUGACCGGAAAGACUCCUUUCCAAGAUCUUGUUCAAGAGCAUGGUUCAGAUAUCCCGAAAUGGGUAAAAUCAGUACGCGAAGAAGAGACUGAAUCGGGUGAUGAACCGGCUUCUAGCAAUGAGGCGUCCGAGGAGAAACUUGCAGCUCUGUUGAGCAUUGCUAUGGCUUGUGUCUCCCUUGCGCCCGAUAACAGACCGACAAUGAGAGAUGUUUUGAGAAUGAUAAGGGAGGCAAGAGCCGAGGCACAAAUUUCUUCAAACAGUAGCGACCAUUCGCCCGGAAGAUGGUCCGACACUGUUCAAAGCUUGCCAAGAGACGAACAUUUGAGCAUCUGA